AUGGCAGCAGACUCGGUUGUGCCCGUUCUUGAUCUCCAUCUCUCACGUGAUCCCACAACCAGGCCGCUCCUCAUUGCCCAGCUCAAGCAUGCCCUCCUCGACAUCGGCUUUCUCUAUGUCAAAAACUUUGACAUUCCAGUCGAAGUCUUUGCGUCGCUCAAGCAAGAAUCGUACAACUUUUUUAACCUCCCGUUGGCGGAGAAGAUGCGCUGCGAGAUGACCAAAAGCCCUCACUUUCUCGGCUACACCCGGCUCGCUAACGAGAUCACUGCCCUGCAAACCGACUGGCGCGAGCAGAUUGACUUGGGAACGGAAUUACCGCCACCCCAGAGUCCUGAUGAGCCAAUCUACCACAACUUGGUCGGCCCUAACAUGUGGCCAGAUACCACCGUGAUUCCGGGCUUUCGUCCCACCAUCGAGGACUACCUCGCACGCAUGACGGCUUUUUCCAAGCUUUUCAUCUCCCUCGUUACCGAGGCCAUCGGGUUGCCACCAGGAACAUUUGACCAGUUCUUUAAGGCUAAUCAGCAGGUUAAGAUGAAAAUUAUCGCGUACCCAGACACGGAUGAUCCCAAGAACGAGAAGGCAAACCCCGCUAGAACCGGAGAUACGGCCGCCUCCGGACAAGGGGUAGGGCCUCAUAGAGACUCAGAUUUCCUCACAUACAUCUACCAGGCCACCCAGCAUGAAUCCCUUCAAGUCCAGACGUUCCAAGGCGAAUGGUUGACGGUUUCGCCAAUCCCAAACACUUUGGUGGUGAACGUAGGACAGACCCUCGAGGCGUUGACCCACGGGGUGUGCGUCGCGACGAUUCACAGAGUGGUGAGUCCGUUACCGGGCUUAGGCACAAGACUCUCGAUCCCAGUGUUCCAGACAAUCGACAUCGACAGCUUUGCCACACAGGUUGUGUUACCAGAGUGGAUUUUGGAAGAAAAGCGAAAGAGAGAUAAAGUGAGAAAGCUGGGAGGUAUUGGAUUCCAGUUCAAGCCAGACUUGGAACAUCCAGUGGGGUACGCUGUGUUUUUGAACCGGUUAAAGAGCCACCAGGACGUGGCACGGAUCUGGUAUCCAGCAAUGUUGGAUAAGGUUUUGGAGCAAAUCAAACAGGGGAAAUGA